AUGCUCACUACACUUGGAAAAUGGACUAGGUCUCACAAAAUCAUCAUAACAUCAUCAACAAAUCCUCAUCUAAACCUAGCAAAAGAAUUAAGUCUCCUCUACAUGCCGAAAUCCGAUGAAAAUAUCUUAUAUCUUUGGAGAAAUGCUCCAACAGUUGUAAUUGGUAAGCAUCAGAAUCCAUAUAAAGAAUGUAAUCUCGAGUUUAUGAAGAAAGAACAUAUUACUCUCGCCAGAAGACCAACAGGUGGUGGAGCAGUAUAUCAAGAUUUAGGAAAUACAUGUUGGACAUUCUUAUCACCCAAAUUUACUCCUCAGCACAAUACAGGAGUUAUUGUAUCAGCACUUAAGCAACUUGGAAUUGAUUCUUACGGAACAGGAAGAAAUGACGUUGAAGUUGAUGGUAAAAAGAUAUCAGGAGCUGCUUUUAGAAAAGCUGAACAUCGCUCUAUACAUCACGGAACAAUGCUCUUUAAUGUGAACAUGGCAAACCUCUCCAAAGUUUUAACUGUCGACCAAUCAAAGUUACAGGCGAAAGGUGUUGAUUCUGUAAGAUCCCGCGUAAUGAAUUUGGUUGAGAUUAAGCCAGACAUAAACCAUGAAAUGUUUUGCGAUGCAAUGAUCAAAGAAUACCAGAAAAUCUUGGGAAAUUGCGAAAUUAUUCAUUCAUCAGCUGAAGAUUUUCUCCAAAAUGAAGAUGUAAAAAAGAGAUAUGAACUAUUGUCAAGUCAUAAAUGGCUUUUUGGCCAGUGUUCAUCAGCAAAAGUUUCAUUUUCAAAAAGAUUCGAUUUUGGUUUGUUUGAUGUAACAGUAAUUAUCAAUAAUGGUGAAAUACAAGAUAUAAAGGUCAAUAGUGACUGCUUGGUUAAUGAAAUCACAGAAGAUUUUCAAAUGAAAUUAUUAAAAUGCAUCAAGUCAAAAUCAGUUGAGCCACUUUCGGAAUAUGGCCAAUUAAACAAAGAAAUGGUAGAAACUUUGUUCAAAUGGGCACAAAAAGAAUUAGGAAAAUAUUUUUAA